AUAAUUGUAAAUUAUAUGUUCUUCAUGAUUUCCUGACUACAAUUGUAGGAUUUACUUCAAUUUUAUAGGCUAAAUCAUUUUAAGCCAUGACAUAUAUAAUGACCUAACUUAGAAGAACUAUUAAUCAUACAUCUCGUGAAAAUAAUCCUACAGGUAUUUAAAUGUUACAAGUGUUUUUUUCAAUGUAAAGUGAAUGGUCAACUGGUCUUAUUAAAGUAGAUUUGUCUAGGUCAUAACGACUCUGAAUGAAAAGAAGACUCACCACGGUUAUAAGGAUUAUUCUCGGGUAAAUCGCUAAAAAAGAUAAUUACCUUGUUAGGAGAUACUGUAUCAAAGGUUAUCUAUUCAUCCGGUCAAAAAAACAGCGUGAAUCCAAGGGGAAACGUUUAGAUUAGUAGUCUAUAAAUUGAAGUAUUCAGAGUGAAGGUGGGUUCAUAAAUCUUUUGGAUAUUUUAAUAAUCAACAUCGGUAGUGCAUGCUUUCGUAAUAUUGCAGACGACAAUUCUUGUUGAAACUGAGUAAAGGAAUAAUGUUAUCCUUGUGUGUGUAUUCUAGAUAUAAUUCAAAGAGAGGAAAUAAAUGAAUCAAUCUUGUGUGUUGUGAACAGAAAACUAAUCAUAUUUUGGUGAGAUAUUUUCAUGAAAUUUUGACCUUGAAAAAACAUUUAACGCAGAUAUGCUGUAAUGAAGAUGGUACAAGAAAUAAGUUUAACUAACGAUUUGGAUAAUUUAUAAUGAAUUAUGUUAGAAAAACUUUAAGUCAAAGAGUGUUUCAUAUUAUCAAUUUUGGAGAAAUUGUUUAGAUAAUAUCGUUUGGAAUAAUAUCACACAAAGGAAUAUACUAUUUGAUAGAGUUCGACGUUACAAAAUUUGAAACAAAACAACAAUUUAUUUAAAGAUACACAAAAUGGUGUCGAUGGCGGUAUGUCUGUUUGAAACUGUGGCAACAAUAGAAACAAUGUUUCAGGUGACUCAACAAUAUGCUUUAUUAUUGGAUAAAACUGUGAUAAAUACAACCCCUGUAAAUGACAAAACUGGGACAGACAAAAAGAAUACAAGCGGAGGAAUGCACCGAGCACCCAUUCAUCACUAUGCAAGACAUGGUUUGUGCCGAACUUUCAAUGGGAAGAAAAAACUGUACAAAGCUUUAAAGUUUAAAUUUUGUCGCACAAAAAUAUCAUACACGGCAAGUUUCGUGAUUGAAUUAUGUAGACGCCGAGAUGGAAUGCUUGACGAAUUAGUCAGAGAAUUAUUCGACGUAGAUGGGGAUGGCUACGUCACCCAUUAUGAAAAACAAUUAUAUGAUGCUGUUAAAUGACGGGGUCAAAGUUGACACGAGAAAAUGACUGAUAAGACUGCUUAAUAUCUAACAUGAAUAAUCAAGUGGAUAAACAAGUUUGAUUCAUCGUUUCAUUUUGUUAUAUUCCCAUGCUGAACAUUUAUCACAAUAAAUCAGAAUUAUACUUAUGUACUAUGUCGGAUGGUGAAUCUUAAACAUUUAGUUAAAACACUGGAAAAA